AAAUCUACCACCUUUCACAACACACAACACACAGCACAUGGCCAAAGACCUGGUGAACCGCCACUACAUGCCGAUAUAAACGCCGGAUUGUACCCUAUUAAACGAGCGCGAUACCUCCUUUUUUAGAACAACCGGGGCAGUGUAGACGGGGCCUGGUUCAGCGCCUGCCGGCUGUGAUUCGGGGGACUGACGCUUGACUUGCCGGCUGUGAUUCGGGAGUCAACAGGUCGCCGGUUGACUUGCCGGCUGUGAUUCGGGAGACAACUGGCUACCGGCUGGCGUAGUAACUAACUCGGUUUUUGGUCCUCUGGGCUGCUGAUGCUGCAUCUAUUAGGUGCGUCGAUACUCUUGCUAUUUCGCUAACUCUAUCAUUAGGUCGUCCCUCGAUACACCCGCCUACGACCUCUUCGAAUUCUAGCGGCGACAACUCCAAACUCUUCCUUCCAUUUCAAUCACCACCCAGCUCGAACCCACGAACGAAGACCCGACCCCAAGAACGAGGGCCCGAACCCAAGAGCCAAGACCCGACCCAAGAACGAGGACCCGACCCAAGAACCAAGACCGCCAGCGCCUGUUGAUCAACCUUUGGACCUUAUUUGCAGCCCUACUCCUCAUCCAACUUGCCUGCCUGCCUACUCUCUAUUCCUCCUCGUAUGGGCAUGGUCGCCUUCAGCGCCUUUCGAUGUUCUGAUGAUGGAUGCAUAAAUGCACUCGAUGCCCUUCCUUUGAAGUGUGGCCUACCACAGAGCACACUGGAAGCCGAAGACAUCCUUCCGAAGGUCGAACCCAGGAACCAAGACUUUGCAAGAGGUCUGCCUCCGGCCUGAAAUGUGGUUGUGCAAUCAGGACUAGGAAGUAUUGGCAGUACACUUGGAUCACAUUGUCCUCCUCGAAGACGACGAUUUUCCAGGGCAAGAAUUUCGGCCUACUUUAGAUCCAUCAACGAUCUAUACCCCGGCUGAUACCAUUUUUGGUGGAUUGAUCAAAUAUGGCGUCUUCCAGCCAGCCCCCCUUAAACAUUUUGAGCUGUUUGACCGUUCUAGACGCGAUCAGCUGUUAGUUAAGUAACCGAAGAAUGUUCUCGAUCCCGGCUCCAGGCGAUAUUGCAGAUCUCGUUGUGCCGAGGCCAUCAUGCCUGUUCUUGAAGUCAAAAACUGGUUUAAGAAUAUCAGCAAUUCCUCAGCAGACGAGCUUGUACUUGGUCAAUAUCCUCUCGAGUUUUUCCAAGAGGCAGCCAAACAAAUAGGCGCUAGCGUUUUUGACAUGCUCAGUUGCACUUCAGCCAGUCUGCAAAAUGGCCUGUCCGCGACUUCAGUAGGCUCCCUUCUACCGUUUACCCCCGUCAGUCGACAAGGUUUCGACUCCCCUGCAACCGAUAUUUCCAGCCGUCAGAUUUUUCCUGGUUUUCUUAGAGAAGAAGAGUACAAAUUGUCUCCUGAAGUACAAGUCAAGAUUGGACAGUGGACAAUGGACACCAAUAGCUGACAGGGUUCCUCCCAAGACGCUGAACACGUCUGUAAACUUGCCUGUACAUUAAUUCCAGCGUUCCUUCUGUUUUGAUCAAUUUCUAUUGCACUAGAGCAUGAAUGUCUUAGCUAGUGCUAUAAGUUUCGCUCCAUAAUAUCAAUACCUGUUGUUGAAGCC